CAUCUCCCAAAAAAAAAAAACCUCCUCUGCAAUUCUUCUUUCCGCUUUCCCACUUUCCCACUCACUUCUUCUCCUCCCCCACAACCGGUUUUAUUUUCAAAACUCUUCCGAGCCAUCAUCUUCCGCUGAACUUCUCAACCCACCUUCAGAAGACGACCGUAUCUCGUGAACCACCCCCGGCUAGAAGCGCAGUAGAGGGUCGAAGCACAGCGAAGGUUGGCGAGGUCAAGGUCAAGGUCGUGACGGCGGAAGCACGAGUUUCAGAUGGUGGAAGCACAACGACUUUCAGAAAUGGUGCGGACAAAAGUCUCCGACCUCAACGAAGGGAAGGUGAUUCGGCUUCUGAGAAAAAUGAUGAUGAGGUGCGACAGAUGAAUGACAACGUCCUCAUUGAUUAUAACAACAUCUGGUGUCUGUGUGUACAGAAAAAUGAAGACAUUCUCAUUGACUUUACCCACAAAUAUUGUAAUAAAUGUAUUAUUUAUAUAGAUUUGUGUAGGUCACCUACAAAAUGUAUGAAAGAUGUAUGUCAAUAUUGUAGUUCAAUAAAUAGAACUAUUUGAUUUUGUAAACAGAUGGAUACAAUCAACUUGGGCAAGUGUUCAACGUUGUACAACACAA